AUGGACAGGGCAACCUUUGCCUGUUCCACCGCUUUUUUCCGGGAUUUUGGGAAUUCUUCUCCGGGUGCUCUCCCCGGGGGCCACGUGGAUUUUAUUGACAAAGCCGAUUCCUUCACUUACUCCGAUUUUUUCCGGGAUUAUCUCAUUCCCAACCAUCCCUGCAUUUUCUCGGCCAAGUUCACCGAGGAUUGGGGCAGCAGGAAAAACUGGGUGACGUGGGAUGGGAAACCCAACUUUGAGCAUCUCCUGCAGGAGUUUGGAGAAGCCGUGGUGCCCGUUGCCAAGUGCGAUGUCAAGGAAUACAAUUCCAACCCCAAGGAGCAGCUGCCCUUCAAGGAAUACGUGGAAUAUUGGCGGGAAUACAUCAGGAACGGCUACCGCUCCCCCCGGGGCUGCCUCUACCUCAAGGACUGGCACCUGAGCAGAGCUUUUCCAGAGCAGGAUGUUUACACCACUCCCGUGUAUUUUUCCUCGGAUUGGCUCAACGAAUAUUGGGAUGCCGUGGCCGUGGAUGAUUUUAGGUUCGUCUACAUGGGACCCAAGGGAUCCUGGACGCCGUUCCACGCCGACGUCUUCCGCUCCUACAGCUGGUCAGCCAACGUCUGCGGCAGGAAGAAAUGGCUCCUGUAUCCCGCAGGACAGGAGGAAUUCCUCAAGGAUCGCCACGGGAAUCUCCCCUUCGACGUGACGGCUCCGGAUCUUCGGGAUAAGAGGAUUUAUCCGCGCUACAGCCAGAGCCAGCCCCCUCUGGAAAUUCUCCAGGAAGCCGGAGAGAUCGUCUUCAUCCCCAGCGGGUGGCACCACCAGGUUCAUAACCUGGAGGACACCAUCUCCAUCAACCACAACUGGGUCAACGGGUGCAACGUGGCCGUCAUGUGGAGCUUCCUGCAGGACGAGCUGGCGGCCGUCCAGAGGGAGAUCAGCCAAUGGAAAGAUCCCAUGGACGACUGGCACCUCCAGUGCCAGCUGAUCAUGAAAUCCUGCACGGGCAUCGACUACAAGGAAUUCUACAACUUCCUCAAAGUCAUCGCGGAAAACCGGAUUUCCAUCCUGGAGAAGGGCCUGGAUGAGGAAUCCUCGUCCCGGAACGAUUCCAGAGCUGCCAUCUCCACCCUGGGAAUGCUGCACGCCGUCUUCGACCUCAAGAGGACGGUGAAGGUGCUGAGCUCGUUAAGCGCUAACGAGGAUUUCCGGAAGCUGGACCUGACUGCCCUGUCCCCUUCCCCGGAGGCGCUGCUCCAGCACCUGGAGUCUGCCAUCGACACGGCCCUGCUCUGA